UAAUUAUCGGUCGCUGAUUACGAAAUCAAUGAUAGUGAGACGAAGUCAAAAUUCAAAGACGAAGGCGAAGCUUUAUAAGGUGUGAUAAUGUCGGAAUCUAGUGGCAGUAACGUGCCAUUCGUAAAAGGUGGGAACGUGUCUGGUCAGCAGACGACAGGGUCACACUCCCAUGACCAUGGCAACGAACAUGGCCACACCCAUGAGCAUAUGGAGAAUGCAGGAUUCUUUGUAAACAGGGAGCUACCAGUCAGAAGGUCCGAUUGGAAACAGAGAGCAUUCACUGUCGGCAUCGGUGGGCCUGUUGGGUCUGGAAAGACCGCCCUCGUUCUGGCCCUCUGUAGACAUCUAAGAGACAAGUACGGUAUCUGUGUUGUGACCAAUGACAUCUUCACAAAAGAAGACUGGGAGUUUUUGGUGCGGAACGAAGCUUUACUAGAAGAAAGAAUGAGGGCUGUAGAAACAGGAGGUUGCCCACAUGCUGCUAUUCGAGAGGUAGGUCUAAAAUCUUCCAAACAUAUUGUGAGAUAAAAAAAUCCACAUUUUAUCAUUCGAAAUAGGCCCGGCAGCCGCUGUGCAGAACUAGAUCGAUGAGACUGUAUCCCUUUAAUUGUUAAAAGCCAAACAGGGUAGCAGCAACUCCCAUCUUUUAACGUUUUUUGGUCUGACGCGGCUGGGGUUUGAAUUCCCGACCUCCCGGUUGUGAGACGGAUGCUCUACCAACUGAGCCAACACUCCGGUGAUAUUGGUAGGAUUGGGAAAUCUUGCCCAUGAUAAGUAGCAUUCAUGCCAAUCCCGGCACCUUUGUUCCUCGGUCAGUGAAAACCAAGGAUAGCCAAGGAUAAUUCCCAGACGACAGAUUAUGGAGGACCCACCCCCCAUACCCCUUCACAAAAUUGAAUCUUGAAGUUUCAUUACCUUGAUGAUGACAUUUACACCAAUUGGUGUUCCAGGGGCAUAGUGUGGAGGCUGGUUUAUUGAU